AUGGAUAUUAUCCGCAAGGCUCUCAGCAAGAUGAAGUGUGGCAAAGCUGCAGGCCCCUCGGGCAUCAUAGCUGAGAUGUUGAAGGCUGCAGGUGAGGAGGGCAUAGAUUUGUUAAGAAAGCUGGUGGAAGUUGUCUUUAGUAGUGGUGUGAUCCCCAAGGAUUGGCAAGAGAGCUACAUCCUGAACCUCUACAAGGGUAAAGGUGAUGCCCUCGACCGAGGUAAUUAUCGAGGCCUUAAGCUCACCGACCAGGUUAUGAAGUUACUGGAGCGUGUGUUGGACAGUUUCAUCCGUGGUAUGGUGGACAUUGACUCUAUGCAGUUUGGCUUUGUGCCAGGCAGAGGUACAACAGAUGCUAUCUUCAUCCUACGCCAGCUACAGGAGAAGUACAUAGCUGCAAACAAGCCACUUUAUAUCGCGUUUGUCGACUUGGAGAAGGCCUUCGAUCGUGUACCAAGGAAAGUCCUCCGGUGGGCACUGAGGAGUCUGGGUGUUGAGGAAUGGGCUGUACGUGUCAUUCAGGGUAUGUACUCUGAUGUAAGAAGCCGUGUACGAGUCAACGGGCAGUACAGUGAGGAGUUCGGAGUUGAAGUUGGAGUUCAUCAGGGAUCUGUCCUCAGUCCCCUACUUUUCAUCCUCGUACUGGAGGCUCUGUCACGCGAGUUCCGCACAGGUGUGCCUUGGGAGCUCCUGUAUGCAGACGACCUAGCUGUGAUCGCCGAUUCACUGGAGGAAUGUGUCACUAAGCUGAAGGCGUGGAAGAAUGGUAUGGAAGACAAGGGUCUGAGAGUGAACAUGAAGAAGACCAAGUUUAUGAUCUCUGGCUCUGGUCUGGAUCUUCUGCGAGACUCUGGUGCUUUUCCUUGCGCGGUCUGUCGGAGUGGUGUUGGGGUAAACUCCAUCGAAAGUUCCAAGUGCAGACAUUGGGUUCACAAGAAGUGCAGUGGAAUCAUUGGAAGACUGAGCGCCAAUCCAUCAUACGUAUGUCCUAGAUGCUGCGGCCAGGCAAGGCCAAUUGAUGGUAGACCAGUCACUCAAGUAGAUGUGGAUGGUACUCUGCUUGACGUGGAAGCCGGUUUCUGCUAUCUUGGCAACAUGCUGUGUGCUGGUGGAGGCUGUGAACUUGCCAUCAUUUCCAGAUGUUGUACUGCCUGGGGAAAGUUCAAGAAACUCCUGCCAAUUCUGACUUCCAAGCAUGUAUCCCUCAAGACUUGUGGAAAAGUGUUCAAUGCCUGUGUCCGUUCUGCCCUACUGCAUGGUAGUGAAACGUGGGCGCCUUCUGCUCCAGAUUUACAGCGGCUCUGUCGAAACGACAGGUCAAUGAUCCGAUGGAUCUGUGGCAUCAAACCCAAUGACGACGUACCCAUAGCAGCACUGUACGCAAAGCUGGGGUUACAGGAGGUGACAGAGGCUAUUCGUACCAGACGUCUGAGGUGGUAUGGCCAUGUCAUUCGUGCAUCCUCAUGCAUCAACUCAAUCUUGAGUAAGUCCAUACCAAACUCCAAAGGACGUGGGAGACCUAAAAAGACCUGGUUGGAAUGUGUCAAGCGGGACUUGAAGGCUUACAACCUUGACAGCUUUGACUCACAUGACAGAGAAGCAUGGAGACUGGGUGUUAAACAAUCUAGCCACCUGCUGCCUACCCUAAUAAGUUACUGGGACACCCGCAGCAGUCGACAAAUAAACACUGGAUGA